AUGUUGACCCAAAACAGGUACUACCGCGUUGUGUCUAGACAUCCUGGGGCCUCAGUGACGUAUAUCGUGGUCUUCAUCGUUGUCAAACGCCGCUACCAGCAUCUACGCCUCUUUCCAAACGGUGAUACAACUACAUCCGGUCGUAAUCAAACAAAAUCCACCGAAGCAGAUCAAGUAGAGUUAACUUCGAUAAGACUUGACACGACAGUCACCGUUCAAAGCAGCGAUAUGGUCAAUACCGUAGCAACUAUAGACAGACAACCCGAGGUACCAUCUAAGGAUCGCCUGACAUUCCAGGUCUCCUCAUCCGCAGACCAAAGCCUCCCAAGUAGACACAACACCAGCACCACCGGUAGCAGAGGGGAUGCGACCCAACAGCGAGAUAAGAAGAUCCGAUACACAGAAGUGCGUCGUGUCAUGUUGCUGAAUGGUUACCCGGCAUUCUAUAUACUUUUAUGGAUUCCCGGCCUGCUCAAUCGGCUGUUUGAGUCCCUUGGCCAUCACUACAGGUGGCUACAAAUCCUACAAGCAUCCACCCAGUUUAUAGGUCUUGCGAAUGCCCUGACCUACUCAUAUAAUGAAGGCUUCCGCCGGCAAAUCCGUUCAUUAUUGACGAGACAAAGACGGUCGUAUCAUGAGCAGUUGUGA